AUGGCGACUGGGCCGCGCCGCCUGCUCUCUAGCCAGGGAGCCCGGGCCUCGCGGGCCUCAUUAGUCCUUCGGCCCCGCGGGGGGUCGGAGGGGAGCUCGGCUAAUGAGCCGGAGCAGGCCCCGGGGACGAGCGCGCUGACAAACAAGCAGCCGCGGAGCCGGGGAGGCCGCCUCCCGGGCUCCCGCCGGGGCCGCGCCCGGCCUGCGCUGUACCGAGAGGCAGAGGCCGCCUGGGGGAGCCCGCGCCUUGCGAAUGAGCCUCUGGCCGUGUACCUGGCGCAGAGGCGGGAGAUGGAGAGGCCGAGAAACUGCUCGUGUACGAGGGGUGAACGGAGGGCAAGACACGUCCGAGCGUGCUGCGGCCUCAAAGCACCCCGUCAGCCUUCCAGUGCAGAAAUUGCCAUCAGUCUCUGGUGCUCUGGGGUCAUGGCUACUGAUAUGGAAGGGAAGUCCAGGUCUUCUGACCUUUUGAAGUCCAAAAGGUUCUCUGGUCAAGGUAACAUCAUGGUUCUCAAUAUCAAUAUUGCUAUCAUGAUUGUUGGAACUUUGGUCAUCAUCAUCAUCAUGGUUGUCAGUACCCUUGCUGCCAUCACCACUGUCAUCAGUGCUGUUGUCUUCACCAUCAUCUUCAGCAGCCUGGGAUGCAGGUGGGAAUGUGGAGCACACAAAGGAGUCUUUUACUUCUUCGAAUUGUCCUUGGAUAAUUUGGACUGGGAAACAAAGCUCGAAGAAUUCUUUAUCGGAACCAUAUUGAUGUGCACUGCUUUUGGUGUCACUUGAACAUGACAUGGCCAGAUCUUGGGCCAGAAGGAAGCCUGAAGCCUCUCACAACAUGGCUUAAGUGAAGAAUCAAAGAAAGCAUUGACCAACCUAAAAUCAAGGAAAUCUUUUCUCAUCAUUAUAGAAAAAUAUGAAGUUGCUACCAGAGUAUUCUUUGACUGGGAUGCUGAAGACACAGUGUAACCCUUGAUCUGCCCGCUUACUGGGUGACUUUGAACAAGUCACCUUUCCUUUACAAGCGUCAAUUUUCUUAUCCAGUGUGAAGGGAAUUGUGAUUUUUCGUAUUAAUCGAUGGGAUUUAUGUAAUGAAUAUACUAAAAGAUUAGAUUCUCAGAUUGCUUCUUCUGGCUUGAGAGUCAGACCUAUAAUGCAGCUUGAAAUGAUCAAACCCUUAACUACACUCUGACAAUCACUGCAUUCUUGUGACUGUGUACCUUAAGUGAAGCAAAUCAAUGAUUGUAGAACUUUUUCCUGUCGCAGAACUCUGGUCCUGUGACCCACCAAGUAAUGACCCCCAAGGACCUGAAACAACAAUGUUCCCACAGGACUCCAGGACCCCUGUAUUGUGGACUUGGGGGCUUGUAGUGGGAAACCACUCAGGCCCUGGGAGAUGAGUUUUUGUAAUCCACCUCCCCUCCUCCUUCCCCACCUGUGAUUUAUGUAUAUCAUCUCUACCUUCACCAGAGAAAGGUGGAAUUCUGAUCAAGAGAAUUCCCAAUUUGCAAAUCUGUUCCUCAUAAUUAAUUAAACUGCUACUUGA